AUGGGCGCCGAGGCAGAGCAGCAGCAGCAGCUUCCUCCUCCCUUCCCCCAGGCCGGCAAGGCGGACCCGCCGGCGGUGGUGGGGCUGCAGGUGUCGGCGCUGAUCGACCACGUCGCACGCGUCGACUGGUCCCUCCUCGACCGCGUCCCCGGCGACCGCGGCGGCUCGCAGCAGGUAUCUUUUGAGGAGUUGGAUCAUAUUCUGAAUGAAGUGAAUGCCCUUAUCCUUCCUUCCCAUGACGACCCCUCUCCAGUAAGAACUAUGGCUGGUGGUAGUGUUGCCAACACAGUUCGGGGUCUGUCAGCUGGUUUUGGGAUAUCAACUGGAAUAAUUGGAGCUCGCGGAGAUGAUGACCAGGGUAUUUUGUUUGUCAACAACAUGAGCUUUAGUGGUGUAGAUCUCACAAGAUUAAGGGCAAAAAAGGGGCACACUGCACAGGCCAAUGAGUUCACUAAGGAGGACUUCCAAGGCUCCAAGUGGCUGGUUGUGAGAUAUGCACAACAAAACCUUGCUCAGAUUAUUGAGGCUAUCAGGGUUGCAAAACAAGAAGGUCUCUCGGUAUCAUUAGAUUUGGCUAGUUUUGAGAUGGUUCGCGACUAUAGGUCACAACUAAUUGCCCUGUUGGAGACAGGCAACAUUGACCUUUGUUUCGCCAAUGAGGAUGAAGCUAGGGAGAUCAUAGGGGGAGGGCUGACAUAUGAUCCAGAGGAUGCGCUUGCGUUCUUGUCCAAGCACUGCAAAUGGGCCGUUGUGACUCUCGCUUCAAAGGGGUGCAUCGCAAAACAUGGCAAGCAGGUUGUUCAGGUGCCGGCCAUCGGGGAGAGCAAUGCGGUGGAUGCGACCGGUGCGGGCGACCUGUUCGCGAGCGGGUUCCUGUACGGGCUGGUGAAAGGGCUCCCCCUGGAGGAGUGCUGCAAGGUCGGGGCGUGCAGUGGCGGGUCGGUGAUCAGGGCCCUCGGCGGGGAGGUGAGGCCGGAGAACUGGCAGUGGAUGUACAAGCAGAUGCACGCCGGUGGGCUGCUCCUCCCGGAGCUCAAGAACUGA